AUGGAGUCAGUAGCAGGACAAGGCGCAUGUUAUAGCAUGCAGGAUUCCAAUGGCCACUCUCUGGGAUGGGAUCUUGGACCCUUCGAAACGAUAGUAACACAGGAGGCCGCCCUUGACAUUGAUGGGACCUGGUAUCGCGACGAUAUCUUAGAGGAUGUAUUCGCCUGCCAGAGGGACCCCCAAAUUGGAGCUUACCGACCUCCAUCGGCCUGUUCCUAUUGCAGAAAACAUCGCCUGCAAUGCUUUUUGCUUCGAACAACCGCCGCAAACCCGAACCCUUUGACUUCGUGCUCCAGUUGUGUGGCGUUGUUCCGGGACUGCAGCCUGGUCAAUGGAGGUAAACGUCCGCCAUCGGAGUUCGAGACGAUGUGGCCAGUCGUUGGCCAGCUUCAUGGGGUAAACGAAGAAUCUACGGACGACGUUACCUUUCUAUCGAACGGACCAGGGAUUAUCAGUUCAGAUGAAACCAAUGUCAAGACAUCAGGAACCGGGCCUAUUGAGAUAUCUGUACCUUCAACGAAGAGGUCAACGUCCCGCAUCACAGGACGGACGAGAGCACUGCGGCAAUGGUUUUCGUCGCACCACGAAAGUCCAUACCCAUCGGGUGAAGAAAAAUUGGCACUAGCAAAGGCAUCUGGUCUCACACCCACCCAGGUGGGCAAUUGGUUCACAAAUGAGCGAAGACGAAAGCGGCACAUGGAGAAGACAUCAACCAAAAGCUUCUUUCCCCGAGGCUCUCCAAUGCCACAGUCAUACCUUUCAAACAUGACACCCCUCGAGCGAUGGCGAAAUUCACCUCCCGAAGACGACCACAUUUCUCCAAGUGUCCUAGAGACCUUCUUGACAAAUGAAGAUUAUACCAAAGUCCAAGGCGUUGAUCCUGCCAUUGACGAUACCAACCACGAUUACGAUGAUAGCGACUGGCUCUCCAGGAUGCUCAACUCUGCCAGUGAGACUGAGUCACUUGGGUUUGCGGGGUCUAGCAACUCAGUGUCAUCCUUUGACACGACAUAUUCAACAGGCAGCAACCAGUCAGUCUCGCUUUCAAGGGGCUCGACUCAAAAAAGAAGAAGGUCCUCAGUAAAGGACGGAAGUGAUAUCUACCAAUGCACCUUCUGUGACAUGUCCUUCAAGAGGAGGUUUGACUGGUGUCGACACGAAAAGUCUGUUCACAUUUCGUUGGAUUCUUGGGUUUGCCGGUCGCACGAUCAAAGUGUUUGGCAGAUUGGGAACACUGCACCUCAGUGCAAUUUCUGUGGCUCAGCCUCACCGACACAGGAGCAUCUGGCCGAUCAUGACUUUGAGUCUUGUGCCGAGCGGCCGGAGGCUGAUAGAACGUUUGCUCGGAAGGAUCAUCUGUGGCAGCACUUGAAGAAGUUCCAUGCGUGUACGCAUUGGUCUGGCUUGGGUCUCAACGCAUGGCGGCUGCAUCGCGACGCUGUUAAAAGUCGAUGCGGCUUCUGCUUCCAGCAGCUUCACACAUGGUCAGAACGUCAGGAUCACAUAUCCAAACACUUCAAGAAGGGUUCCAGUAUGACUCAAUGGAUCGGUGACUGGGGCCUUGACCCAGCCGAUGCAAGUCUACUCAAGCAGGCUACACUGCCAGAGCAGAGAGUUCGCGCAACGUAUUAA